AUAAUACUUCCACUUUAAAGCUCGGUGUGGCUUCCUCUCAAACAGAGAUAUUGCGAGUGAAACCAUAAAGAACAGUUUGUUAUGUGAGAGGAACACAAGGCUGUGCUUUCUGAGGCUGCUUGUGUUUGUGCAUACAGCGAGUGAAGGAGCCUGACAGACAGAACAAACAGUGUUAGCCUUUAACCUCCCAGCAGACAGCGGGUUCACCGGUGAGCUCAUGUGAUUUCUUACCUCUGUCUGCCUGGGAAGCACAACACCGCAUGCGGUCUCUGCCUCUGGAUGGAUAACCCAACAACUUCUCAGUGUCUCUGUGAUCUCUGGCUUCCCCUGACAGGAGGCGGGUUCACGCCUUCUCGGAUUGACAGGAGCUGGGUGUAAUAUUUAGAAGUUUGACAGCGGUGUCGUCAUGUGCGCUGCAGCAGCACGCUGCAGAGAGAGCAGCCAAAACCUGGCAAACAUUACCUGAUGGAUGAACUAACACCUUCCUGCGGGUCGGUCUUGGUUCUUUCUGCGCGCUGGAUGUCCUGAAGACAUCUUGCUGGUGACACGGUGUUAACAGAGCUCUUAGUUAUGGUACCUCACAAUUAAUAGGCUGAUGAUGAGGCUAGUUAUGAUGUAAUCUUUCUCACUCCCUCUUCCUUGCACACAGCUACAGCCCCCUCCCUUUCUUUCCUGUUUCCCCACCUCUUUCCCUGUCUUUCUCUCCUAUCCUAACCAACAUGGCCGCUAAGUCGGAUGGAGCAGCGGUGUCUGUGGAAGAUGACAACACGCCCAGGAGCCUGUCGGAGCCGGGGAACCCCGUGGCCCGAUCCCGCUGCACCGCCGCCGGUGGGAAGCCCUACACCCUGCUGGACUGCUGCUGGGUGCUCUGCGCCCUGCUCGUCUUUUUCUCCGACGGAGCGACCGACCUGUGGCUGGCCGCAGACUACUACCUGAGAGGCGACUACUGGUGGUUCGGCUUGACUCUGGUCUUUGUCGUGGUGCCCUCCGCUGUCGUGCAGGUGCUGAGUUUCAGGUGGUUCGUGUAUGACUACUCGGAUCUUAGCGGCGGGGAAGGUUCGGGCAGCGGCGGGAGCUGUGCGGCGGCGGCGGCGGCAGGCGCGGCAGGCGCCGAUGCCACAGCGGGCGACAGCACGUUAAGCACCAAGGACAGCGACCAGCACGGUGGGAACGCGCCAGCGGUGAACGCCGCGAAUGUUACCCCGGUGUAUGCGUCCUCUGGCCCGCCUGCUGCGGCGGUGAGAGUCGGUUCUCCCCGGAGAUGCUGCACCAUCUGCAUGUGGGUCUUUCAAACCGUGCUUCACGUGCUGCAGCUGGGGCAAGUCUGGAGGUACAUCCACGCCCUCUACCUGGGCGCCCAGAGCCGGUGGCACAGGAACGGGCCCCGCCGUCACUUCCACUGGAGGCUGAUGUUCGAGAGCGCCGACAUCACCAUGCUGCGCCUGCUGGAGGCCUUCCUGAAGUCUGCGCCGCAGCUCGUCCUGCAGCUGAGCAUCAUGAUUCACGGAAACGGCGUGCUGCCGCUCCAAGGCCUCUCAGCUUCAGCAUCACUGGUUUCACUGGCCUGGAUGAUCGCCUCCUACCAGAAGGUUCUCCGGGACUCUCGUGACGACAAGCUGCCCAUGUCCUACAAGGCCGUGAUCGCCCAGAUGCUGUGGCACUUCUUCACCAUCGGGGCGAGGACCGUGGCUUUCGCCCUUUUUGCCUCUGUCUUCCAGCUCUACUUUGGCAUUUUCAUCGUCAGCCAUUGGUGUGUGAUGACCUUCUGGAUUAUCCAGGGUGAGACUGACUUCUGCAUGUCUAAGUGGGAAGAAAUCAUCUACAACAUGGUCGUGGGUAUCAUUUACAUCUUUUGCUGGUUCAACGUCAAGGAAGGGCCCAGUCGCUUCCGUAUGGCUCUGUAUUACUCCGUGACUCUGGCUGAGAAUGUGGCGCUGACCGCUGCCUGGUAUACCUACCGUGGCCCCCAAACAAGUGACUCAUCCGCCCUGGUAGUGGUGUGCUUGGUGGCCUGCAGUUUUGCCCUGGGAACCUUCUUCAUGUUGGUUUACUACUGCUGGCUACACCCGGACGGGCCUGUUCUGGGCUCCCAGUGGGGAGGAUGCAUAGAUGAGGGUGUGGUAGGAACAGGGGGGAUGGUGGGAGUUAUUGACGCUUGCCUUACUCCAUCGCAAGGGUCCCAAACGGAUAUGGUCAUUACCAGUCCUCCACGGACUUUGCCCAGGACUAAAGAUAAAGACUUGGGGGAGCCAGUUCCUGGGGAGCGGGACAGAGACAAGGACAGCUGCCUGCCUGUCUUCCAGGUACGCCCCUCCCCUUCCUCUUCUCCCGCUCUGCUUCACAGGACCUCCUCCACAUCCCGUGCACAAGAGGGUCCUGUGAUCAGGAUCGACCUCCCAAGAAAGCGAUACCCAGCCUGGGACGCACACUUCAUCGACCGCCGCCUCCGCAAGACCAUCCUGCUUCUGGAGACCACUUCGGCCAUAAGUCCACGGAUACAGUACAGGAGCAGCUUGAUGGGCAGCAAAGAGGUGUUAGAAUAUGAGACAACUGUUUAAGCCAACAGGGGCUGUUAAACUACAAAGUGCAGUCUGGGUCCAAGGCUCAGCCCGGAAUCAGUCUUCAACCCAGGAAUACCUGCGCCGGGAGUAGCAUGAAAAGAAGACAGGAUGCCCUCAUUCCCAUUGAGGAAAGAGGUUGUCAAACUGCGAUUGUGAAAUGUGAACCUCAAUGUGGGACCAAAGCUGUUGAAGAACAUAUAGCAAGAAUUACCUGUUGGAAGUUAAUGGAGUUUACCGAGCCAGGAUUGUCUCAUUUUCUAACACUUCAAACAAGAGGAAUUUAAUCUUACACCAGGGACCAGUAAGUGUUAGAUUUUGUUUCAACCUGGACGGUGAGGACAACAAGUAAAAGGACACCAGAGAAAUAAAGCUUGAGAUAAUUAAAAAAAAAAAAAAAAAAAAAAACUGUCUGCCACACAAACUGAAGCCUCAGGCCACAGAGACAGAACAGAAAUGUAUGACAUGUUGAAGAAACAGAUUGUCAGAGUGUUCAUGGGACAUGCAAUCAUUUUGGGUUUGGGCAAAAUACAUAAAUCUACAGCCUACUGAUUUGGCAUUCACAGAUGCUGAGUCACUGUCUACAACCAAAUUCAUCACAGGUUUAGCCAAGAUAAACACACACCAAGAGAAACACAUGGGUUGCUUUGUUUUUCCAUCCAGUCAUGUCCCCAAAAGGUUGCAUGUGCCACACAAAUCUUUGGUAAUUGUGCUCUUUAAGCAUUUUGUCAGAGGCGUCUAAAGGAAAAAGCUGCUCGAAUUCCCCAGCAGGGCCUUGGCUUUCAUCUGAUGAUGGAUCGUAACUCAGUCUAAGCGCAAAUGGUCCAUGAAACAUAGGCCUGCAAUACAACUGAUACCAAUUCACCCAUCCAUUUGUGCCACAAUUGCAGCCAUAGCACAAGUCUCGCUGUUUACAUCCUAGCUGCACUGUCGACCCCAACCCAACGGACUCGCUUGGAAAGCUGAACGAGGAUCUGAUAAGUGGAUGUACAUGAGCAGCUUCUCAAACGGCUACCAACGUAUGGCAUGCUGUAAAUCGCCAGAAACAGGUCUGUGAUGUACAGUUGAAUAAAUGCAGAUGUCCAAUACUGUAUAAGAUGUUAAAAUAAGCUGUAGUUAGGUGAUGAAUGCCUUUUGUGAGUAAGGAAGCUUCAUUUACUCGUAAGAGUCUAAAUGUUGUCCAAAGUGGUUCACUUUUUUCUAAAAAUCAUAUUAUGUAGGAUAUGGAGGAUAACACGAUCUAUUUCAGUAUACUAUGAACUGUUUUUUAUGGGUUUGAUCUUGAGGGCAAAAAUAAUAAAAAGAAAUAUACCACUUGUUUAAAGUUAACCGUCAAGACAAAGAGUACAGAUAUGUUUUUGCAAACUAGGUAGAUGCAAUAGUUGAUGUCUUUUGUAACAAAAAAGAUAUACCCGCCGUCUAAGUUCUUUUGUUGGGUUUGGUUUCUUUGGAGGACCAUCAUGUUUUAAAAUUAAGAAGGUUCUGCAUUAACCAUAUAAACAACGCUGGGUGCUUGGUGGACGUGGUCACUGAAUCAAGAAGUUAAACAGAAGUGGGAAACUUCCUAAAAGUGCAGCAGCACUGAUUAUUGGCUCCAAUAGUUUCAAAUUUAAAACAAAAAAAAAAGUUUUUUGGAUACAAAUCUUUAUGGUCUCCUUUUUUGUGGUCCUUAAUUCAGUUCAAAUUAAGGCUUUACUGUCAGGUUUUAAAAAGAUCAAUAUUCUGCCAAAUUAGAGGAUUUUAAACUACAAACCAACAGGUGAUGCCCAGAGAUUACAUCCAUUUGUUUUAUAAUCUGCAACUGGUUUUGUUUGGAGAACACAUUCCUUUAAGUGCAUAACUUUGGGCAGAAGUUUACUUUGCCACUAUUAGGCAUGGGCCGGUAUGAGAAACUCACAACAUUGAUUAAAACUACUGGAUUUAAAUGCUUGUGUCAAAGAUAAAAACUUAGCAAUUGUUCAGAAAGUUACAUAUUUCUGAUUGUGUUAAGAAAAUGUUGUUGUUCAUUCUGCCCAUGGAACUAUGGAGCAGAUCUUUAACCAGCAGUGUUGUUAGGUCAUGUGAGUUUGGUUGUCUGGUCCACAUGCAUCUGUAGAACACCUAUGAGGUAUUUUGUGAGGGACUAUGAGUCGCCUGGUAUGCUUUGAAGGGCUAUUUGGUUAUUUUAUACCAAAAAAUAAUGCUGUGUCCACAUGUUUAGCACAAAAAACAUGUUUAUUCCCAGUGCAGGAUGGACUCCACUCUUUGACCGAAGUCAAUAAUGUUUGCUUUGGAUGUUUCCCAAGCAUGCACAACUGGAAGGAGACCCCAGUGCAGAUUUAGAAGCACAGAUAAGAUUGGAUAUAUUCCCAAACCACCAAAUUUGUCUUUUUUGUUAGCAAGGAAAAAGUAUAGUAUCCUUCUUUCGGUCAGCUCAGCAACAAGAAGAGGGAGAGGCAGCACUCCAGCUCAUCCACACAGCUGGAGCAAACUUUCCUUGUUCCAGCGAAUUUUGUGGCAGUAAAAUGAUUUUAAACUGUAGGAACUUUUUUGUAGUCUUAAAACCCUGACAUGCCUUGAUACUGGUUACCGGCCCAUGCCUGAUCAAUUUAGACUCCAUACACUGAGGCAACAAUCAACAGUGAUCAGGCAGUUCAGGUCUGAUCCUUUUGGAUGUGGGCAUUUUUGGCAGUUUGUCAAUUAUUGAGUAAACAUUGGAUGUUGUUCUUUCUUUUAAUUUUGUGUAUGAAAAAGAAGGGAGCAGUGAAGACAGAAGGAAAGUGACAUUGAUCCUCUAUCAAUGUGUCUGUUCUCGUUUUUCAGCUUGGACUAUUCAAAACUGCAGGUGACGUGGAUAGAUUGUUGAGUUUUUAACGGAUCAACAACCAGCAGCGUUUUGAUUUUUUUUCAUACUUUCAUGAGACAUUUUCUAAGUUAGUUUAACUGGAAGCUUGUUGAAGAUGAAGAUGGAUCCUCAACAUGUCACAUUUGUCUUUCAGCUGAUAACCAAAGUUAGCAAAAAGCUGGUUGGAAACCAUUGGAUUGCUAACAAUAGAUGGUCCUCCAGCUUUUGGUAACUAGAAUGCAGCUUCAAAGGUCAAAGUUUAGCCACACUAUCAACCUCCAGGGUGUGGCUAAAGAUCCUGCCUGGUCAGCAACAGCUUCACUUUCAUCUUCAUCAAACAAUUUUUCCCAACAGCCUCUUUGAACUUAGACUUAAUCAUUUUCUGAAGCCGUUAGAGAUGCGGUUUCCGUCUUUAAGUUGGUCUGACUUGGUAAAAAGUGGAGGUCUCUUUCUGUUACUUUGAGGAAAACUUAAAGCAAUGUGGUGAUUAUAUGUAAAGUGGUAACAUUUACUCAAAGGUUGGUGUUUAUUCUUAUAAAAAUACUAUCUUUGUGCAUGCCAUCAGUUAAAUGGGGUUUUUCAGCUUUGUUGCUGUAACAUGAAGAUGUUGAGGCUCAGUAAGACUGCAGACGAUCUCAGUUUUUGAUGGAGCUCCCAAUCAAUAGCUCCUUGAUAAAGGUACCAAUGAACAUCAUAAUACAGCUAUGAAGAUUCUCAAUAUAUUAGAAGACAAUAAGUUUGGAGGAGAUUUCUGUUGCUGCCACAUUGAGUGAACAAAACCCAUUGUUCCAUACGAACUCUGAGAAAUAUCAAAAAAGACUGAAAUGCUGGUACAUUGUGACCCUAAGAGCAUCUUUUGUUCUUGCUUUAUAAUAUCCUCAGUCGUCGUCCGUUGAGUGUUUAGCUGAUGAUGCAGACACACUCCACCGUUUCCUGGUGUGUUCGAAGAUUGCUUCAUUGAGUGUUCAGUGGAACAUAAAGAAAACCCAGUCUGUAUUAUUAAAAGCCAGUAGGAUAGAGGUGCUCUGACUCUUACAAAAUGCCCUCCACACUUACUGGCUCACUGGUAAAGAUGUGUAAAGAAGUCUUAACUUUCCCAUUGAAGCUGCAUAAUUUCACUCCAGGUCUCUGCACUGUCUCCUCCUUCAAUGUUUCAGAAGGUUGGAGCGUGCAGAGAGAGGGAUCGUUAACGGUUUUAUGCAGACUUCAGCCCGAAGGGUUAUUUACAGAGUUUGGAUCCGGGGACUGAGAGCAAAUAGAAAAGGAUUUCAAGCCUUGAGAAAUCUUAUAUUGAUUUGCCUUCUGCAUCAGUAUCCAAGUGCUCAACAUGCCACUCAAUCUUGCAAUAUUCUAAGAUAUUUGGAAGAGAAACUGGCUCACAGCAUUAUGGGUCAAUCGCUAUAAUUAAUAAUGAACACAGGGAGGUUUCCCACAUAUUAAUUUCUUGUGUUACACCUGAACUGUUGCUGAAAAGCUCGUAAUAGUUUAAGGAUGAGCAAACUCCACAUGAUUAUAUUUGUGGUGGUGGGACUUUUUCCUGACAGAGUCUCAUGGUGAUGAAGAAGACUUGUUGAUCCUGUAUGCCACUCUUUGGCAUAUUGGAGAUGUGCGUUUGUCCUUUAUAUUGUGUGGGGACCAGAUAGACUUAUCUAGACGUGUUUGUUGACGGGCCAGUUGUAAAACUUUUAGGUUGAGGGGAUUUUUCUUCUGGAAACCAUUUUCUUACUUGCCUGUUUUGUUGGUCAUGAAGGCCUAUAAGACACAUUGGUCAGCAGCAAAAGCAUUAUUUUAAAGAGAUUUUAAGUGUGACCAUUAUAAUAUAGAAAAUAACAUUCUUUUUAUUAUUAUUUAUUUAUCCCCUCACUUUGCUACGAUAAAAUAUUUAUCUUAAGACUUUUGACACAUCUCUACCAAUAAGUUAGAAGGACAUCAACCAAGGUCCAGAUCAUUCAGGAAGGCCAAAAAAGCAAACGGUUUGAUGAUGCAGACAAUGUCCUACCUGAACCCAGGGACAUCAGUCCACUGGUGACAUACACAGAGGUGUAAAUGGUGCUGAAAACAAUGACUUUUUGUUACAAAUGAUCAUGACCUGACAGGCUAACGUACAGCUGGUGCAUACAUAAACCACCCAGUCACAGGCCAAGGUACACUUUGCUUUCUCUGAUUGGGUCAUGCAGCAGUUUUUCUGUCGUUAAGCUAAGAUAACAGUUGAUAGUAAUGUGCUGAUUAUAUAUUGACUUGAACAAGAACAUGUUUAAAUGUUAUCGAGUCCGAAAGCUCGAAUCAUCUUUUGUUAAUUAAUUCAAGGAGUUUAUGUUGAUUUAUUUUUGUAUUUGUUUUAUAUCUAUUUAUCUAUUGUUUACUCACUUGGUGGCCAUGUCUUUGGUAUGACUCUUUUAUUAUGAUGUAAAAUAUGAAAAUAGUUUGUUUUUUUUACUCAUUCUAUUUUUCUGUAAAUAUCAGAGUGAUACAAUUCUAGGAUGUGCGUGUACAAGUAUGUGUGCUUUGGUAUGUAAGUUUGUUGUGUAUGUAAAGUAUGUGUGUACUGUAAGGAUGUGCUCUCAGUUUCCUCUUCUACUUUGUUUUUGAUAAUGCCGCUUAAACAUCCUUUGAGUGAGCAAGCAGAAAAAUAAACCUGUGGUGAAAAUUAUCUAUGACGAUGUUAAAAAAAAAAAAAGAAUUAAAACAAAGAACUCAACAAGCUGUGCUGAUUACUGUAGGUGGGAAAAAUACUGUAGUAAACAUGGCUCAACAGCCAUCAGAAUAAAC